AUGGCUCGCCAAGAUCUCGUUAGGGCUGUCAUAUGGCUCCUGGUCUUCGCACUUGCAGCGCUCGGCAAGGCAGGCGCGCUAUUCGACCAGGAGUGGCCUCCCGAUCCGGCGAUGUACCCGCCGGGGAGAGUCAUCGCCAUCGACCUGGGCAACACCAACUCCUGCGUCGCCGGCUAUGAUGGGCCCGGCGAAACCCAGACCAUGUUCCAGCUCUGCAUCCCAUCCUGGAUCGCCGUUGCCGACGACGGCGCCAUCCUCGUCGGCGACGACGCCAGGAAGCACGCCGUCGUCAAUCCCCAAGCCGCCAUCUCCGGGUUCAAGCGCCUCCUUGGCCAAAGAUUGACACGCGUUUUCGAGCGGGAGUUCGCUGAGAGAGUCAAGGAGAAUCUACCGUACAAGGUUGAGGAGGAGAACGUCGAACCCCACAUCCAGGUGACGACCACCGACGGCGCCGUCCGGCACUUGGGCGUCGGGAAGCUCACGGCCACGGUGGUCGCCAAGCUCAAGGAGACGGCGGAGGCGCACCUCGGCCACCGGGUCGAGGCUGCCAUCCUCACUCUCCCGCUGGAGUUGUGCAACCACGCGUCCAGGUACGCGGCGUUCUUUGCCGGCAGGGUCGCCGGCUUCGAGGCCAUGGCGGUGAUCAACGAGCCCACCGCGGCCGCCAACGCCUACGGCGUCGACGAGAACCUGCGCGAGGAGGGCGUCGUCGUCGUCCUGCACGUCGGUGGCGGCACGGCCGAGGCCAGCGCCUUGACGCUCGUGGACAACGUGUAUGAGAUCCUAGCAGUGGAUUACGAUCCUUUCUUCGGAGGACAGGAGUUCGAUCGGAGGAUCGUGGACCAAUUCAUCGGGCUGGUCAGGAACAAGCAUGGGAAGGACAUCAGCAAAGACGGUGCUGCUCUCGACAAGCUGAGGACGGCAUGCGAGCGUGCCAAGAAGACACUGAGCCACCAGGAUCAUGCCCAGGUCAUCAUCGAAUCGCUCGUCGACGGCGUGGAUCUGGCAGAGCCGCUGACCCGGGACAAGUUUGAGGAGCUGAACCAUGAUCUGUUCCUCAAAGUCGUGGAGCUGGUAGACAAGGUGGUGACACAAGCUGAGGUGUCCAUGGGCAGUAAGCUGGACGUCGAUGAGGUUGUUCUUAUUGGUGGGAGCACCAUGAUCCCAAAGGUUAGGGAACUCAUCAGGGACUAUUUUGGCGGGACCAAGGAGCUCAAUACAAGGAUCAAACCUGAUGAAGUGGUCACCAUUGGAGCCGCGCAAUACAGCAAGUGGAUUUACGACAAACGACGAUCAGACUUGCAUAUUCGGGGGCUGAGUUGA